GUAUGCAAUUUAUUUUGCGGUCCCUGGUGAUGUAUUUUUGAUUGCUAGAUAUUUGUUUCCUUGUCCGACCCGACCAAUAGCGCACGUUUUCCAUGCUCAUGACCACCCGGGAUUCCUCCUCCGGAGCAGAAUCGAGCAUGGACUUCAACCACCACGAAACCCCAACUAAACGCAGCGUUUCGGGCUCACCCUCGGUCGACGAAGAAGAGGAAGCCGAGGAUGCGGAGGUGUGGGACCAGUUUAACCGCAGGUUCCGCGAGGUACAGGCCGUGCUGGAUCGGAACCGAGCCCUGAUCCAGCAGGUGAACGACAACCACCGCUCUCGAGUCGCCGACAACAUGGUCAAGAACGUGGGUCUUAUCCAAGAGAUCAACGGCAACAUCUCCAAGGUCGUUUCGCUUUACUCCGACCUCUCCUCCAAUUUCUCCACCUUCUUUCACCACCGCAACGACAACGCCAACGCCAAGCCCAAAAACUAGUGUCGUUUUUCAGUAGAAUGUACUCCAACCCCAUCAUCAUUUUGGAAUUUGAGUUGAAUUCAAUAGUCGCAAGCAGCUAGGGUUUUGCAGUGUUGUAAUAAUAGUGUUUGAGUCGUUUGGUGUGGGUUAGGCUGGUUAGGACGUGCACCUAAGUCUCGUAAAUUUGAUUAUUUAGUUCAGACUGUCACUUGUAUUAAAACAAAAGUGUGUGUUUGUGUCUGUUACUUACCAAUAAUAAAUCAAUGAACCAAUAAUAUGCUGUAUUGAUUGGUUUGUUGUAUGAUGCAA